UCUUCUGGAACACGCCGCCAUCUGGACGCAUCUGCCAAAGAAUGUGAAAACAUGGCAGCCGUGUGAGGAGAAUAGUCACGCAAACUGUUCCUCUAUGCAGCUCUCGGUUCUAAUCUUCAACUUUUUAAAUAUUUUUUUAAUAUCCAAACUUGGAGGAAAUGUUUGAGGAGUCUAUUUAAGUUGAGGGUGGACUACCGCAACCAAAUUUGGCCAUCAGGUUUAUGCCUUAUUGGAACACAUGUACUUUUUGGUCUCUGACAAGAAGAAUAAGGAUGGCCAGACGCGGGAGCAGGACUACUCUUCUGAAAGCCAUUACAGAAUUGUCUCACCAACAUUCCAGUAUAAGAUGAGCCACCGGCAAGUGGGCAAGUGCAUCAUCAUCAACAACAAAAACUUUGAUGAAAAGACAGGGAUGAAUGUACGCAACGGGACAGACCGUGACGCCGGCGAGCUGUGCAAGUGCUUCAAGAGUCUGGGCUUCGACGUCUUUAUCUACAACGAUCAGACCUGUGAAAAGAUGGAGCGUCUCCUCAGAGAGGCCUCAGAGGAGGACCACAGCGACAGCUCAUGUUUUGCCUGCAUCCUGCUAAGCCACGGCGAAGAGGGCAUGAUCUACGGCACCGACGGAGCCAUGCCCAUCAAGACCAUGACCUCGCUGUUCAGGGGGGACAUGUGCAAGAGCUUGGUUGGGAAGCCCAAACUCUUCUUCAUCCAGGCUUGUCGGGGUUCUGAGUUCGACGACGGCAUACAGACUGAUUCUGGUCCGCCAAACGACACCUUGGAGACAGAUGCCAAUCCAAGACAUAAAAUCCCAGUCGAGGCCGAUUUCCUCUUUGCCUACUCCACCGUGCCAGGCUACUACUCGUGGAGGAAUCCCGGCCGCGGCUCCUGGUUCGUCCAGGCGCUGUGCAACGUCCUCAACGAGUUCGGCAAGCAGCUGGAGAUCAUGCAGAUCCUGACACGCGUCAACUACAUGGUGGCCACCAGCUUUGAGUCGUGGUCGGAAGACCCGCGCUUCAGCGAGAAGAAGCAGAUCCCCUGCGUGGUGUCCAUGCUGACCAAAGAGCUGUAUUUCAACUGACAAGCGCCUUGUUGUUUUUCAGGGGACUGACGGCACAGUCCAAAGAAGCAUUCAGGGAUAACUAAUCCGGCCUUGUUAUCGGGCCUGAAAACGAGCACUUCAUGUGUUAAUGCUGAAACCUCUUCAUCCUCCUCCUCUUCUUCAGGUUCUAUUCUUCACAGCAAUGGCGUCACAUUUGAUCGGAGCUUUUGUCGGCAGGCAUUGUGAGAUAUCCAUGUUCUUCUACCAUCAUUUUUUUUUAUUUCUUGCUGAUGUGCUGCCAGUUUGUGUGUGUGGGGACCUCUUGUCCAAAUACUACAGUAUGCUAUUCUGCCCAAACUAACUAACUCACUAAGCUGCAAGCCUCACAGUGACAACCACAAGUAUGCUUUACAUCCUUUUCAUGCACUUUGACACAAAAACUUUUCUUUUUAAACAGGUAAUUGUUUUAUUUUCUCAGAGACUCUUUGAUGGGCCUCAAGCUUUAAAGCACUAUGCUGGCAAAUCCUCAGGUUCAUUCAUGUAAGUGUCGCGUUUCAAACAUUUUCUUACUGCGUACAUCAUGGCGAGAAGUGUCAGCUUUUGCUAUGUCAAGUCCACAAUAUUCAAAUGACCAAAACAUGUCAAUACCUUGCUGGUUUUAUUAGUCCAUUUAAAAGCGACUACAAAACAAUAUACCGUUCUGUAGGGGUGUCACAAGACAAGAUGAUACAUGAGAUUGGGUCUCCGAGACGAGUUUUUAAACUUAACUUUUAAGAAAAGUACAAUGAAAAAAAUAUUAUAAAUGUAUGACAAUAUAUUACAAUCUACUAGUAUAACUUCUACUCAGCACUCUGUAUGUAUUUUACUGGCAAAAGGGCUCACUCCAUUCAUGUCGUUGUUCUAUGGAACCAAUGCACCAACGUGCUGAAAUCAAUGCACAGAAUGAACCCUCGUCAGAUGAGGAAAACAGCCACUCAUGCACAUGUAUUGUGCCUGCAAGAUUAGCGAGUUAGUUUUCAAUUAUCGUGUGAUAAAUGAAUGUAUUUAUUAUCGUCCCAGGACUAGUGCCCACAAGACAGUUUUUUCUGAAUGACAAAUCUUGUCAUGUUUUCAUCUCGCGAGAGCUUGUGACGUGAUAUCUUGUGACACCCCUACCGUUCUGACCCAGAUAGAAAAUGGUAUGUGAUGAGUGAAAUAUGAUUUAAAUACCAAAAAUUUUAAUUUUGGCUUGUACAAUAUUUUUCCAAAAACGGGUCUUUAAAAAAGGCAUCAUCUCAUAUUCAGGGUCGUCUUAUAUUCAUGUCAAUACGGUUUAUGCACGGUAAAAGAGUCCUAUAGAUGGACGGAUGGAUAGAUAGAUACUUUUGUUCAUCCGCAACAGGAGAAAUUCACAUGUUCGGAAGCACACAGAAAUCACAAACAAUACAAUAACAUUAAAUAAUAUUUAGAAUUUUUUUUUUAUCAUUUAUUAGUUUUGUCAUUUCAUUACACUCCAGUAAGACAACUUGAAGACAUUUAAAAACAACUAAAAUAAUUGAUUUACUCAACAUAGCUCAUCUAUUUUACAUUUUUUUAUCUGAGCUUCAAUUUGAAAGAAAUUGGACAUUUUCUGAACUAGCUAGAGCCCACUUUAUCAUGUCUUGUAGUACCACUGCCUGCCCGUAGAGGCAUCAUUGAGCUACCGAGUUGAUAGGACAAGUACUGUAACAUGUAAGCUGCGGAAUUUUAUUGAUUUUUAGCCAUUUGGGCAAAAGAUUAGCAAAGCUUUUUUCAAACCAUGACUACUAUGUUAAAAGUAUAUGAUGAAUUUGCGGAAACACUGCCCACUACGGGUGGGGAGGAUAAAUGACCUGUAGCUAGCCUUUUCAAAUAACUGAGAAAUUGUUCCUUUAAAAACAUUAAACACCUUAAUUUUAACUGUGAGUGAGUGGGAAAUUGAUAAUUUUAUACGAUAUAGCAAAAAAGGACACUUGUUUGAGCGCCAUGACAGUUUGUUUAUGUCACAUAACAGAGGCAGCUAUGACUGAUGACAACACGUACACAAUUAUUCACACAUUUUUAUUUUAUUUUAUUUUUUUACAAUUUUUACACAAUUCAGUGCAUCUCAGCAAUGACAACAAAUGUAUUGAUCCCUCUCGACACAUGGAUCUCUGAUCAGUGACGUGCAGAAAGAAAAGGAGUUUUUAUUUUUUUGGAAUGCAAUUCGGGGUAGGGUAUUUAUUUUUUCGGGGUUCCAUUUUAAAUGCUUUAUGGUGUUAAUGCUGUUGUCCUCACAGAUAGAUUUGAAACAGAUUUGGAGAAAUGCAUGCCUUCAUUUACGAACAAAAAUAUACUAUGAACCAAUGUUUCAAUUUGAAAGACUGGAAAAAAAAACUCAAAGAGAAGAAUGCUUAUGUUAACACUUUCUUGUAUUAAACAUGAAUUUAUUGUGUUACCAGCUGAGUACAUUUUGUUCACCAUCACCAAAUUUGGUGCAGUCUUUGUGUUAUUUAAAGUGUUGUACUUGUUGUCCAAAUUAGCAUUUAGCAUUGUGAAGAAUGUCAGAUGAGAUGAUGAUGCACAUGCCCAACAGCAUCACCCCUCAUUCCUGUCCAUCCUCCUCCUCCUCCUCCUCCUCCUCCUCGCCUGAGCCUGGAGCAGGCUUGUAAUGUAUGUAUUGCAAGUACACCCACAACAUCAGGCACACCUGCACAUGGCCUCAUUUAUUUCACAAAAAAUGUCAGCUUGUAAAAACAUAUGUAUAUUUUUUUAUUCCACUUUUACCCCUCUGAAAUCCAAAAUAAAAUUUAAAUAAAAAAAGCUCACGCUCAAUGUCCUCGGGACUAAAAAUGUCAAGCAUCCAAUAUACUUCUGUAAAAAAAAAUAUCAUAGAUUAACAUUUUUUCCUCUUUAAACAAGUCUGUGUUUUAAAAUUCCUCAGCCUGUAUUAAAUGCUAAUAUUAAUCGUUUGAAUAUGUAAGAGAUGUAUCAAAAAAGGAAAUAAUGCCAGUG